AUGUCUACACUCUUCCAGCGCGCCACCGGCAUGGAUGUCUUACAGACGUUAACACCGGCACAGACACAGGAGCAAUACAUCGAAAAUUGUUGUGCGGCGGCGGCGGCAGCAUUGCUUCUGUACGACUACGUCGUCACAAUAGGCCAAGAGAGUCGCUACAUCUGGACAGAUAUUCAUGCCGGCUAUGCUGCCAUAUUCCUGAUCAACCGACUAAACAUGCUCGGGAUGGCUAUCUCUGAAAUACCAGUUUUCCCGGGUCAUUGCAAGCAGAUCGUCGCUUUUUGGGGUGCGGCUGCAUUGAGCACAAUGCUCAUGUGGGCUUGUGUUUCUACACUUCGUGUCUAUGCCGUCAGUAACCGCAGUAUCUUACCCGCGGCGAUCACCGCAGUGCUUGCUGCUGUUCCCAUUGCGGUCAACAUUGUGAGCUUUGAUUCUGGCCUUUGCAUACACCAAAACGAGUUUCUUCCUGGAAAGCUUUGCCUCGGGCCAUCAGGAAAAUCCCUCCCUGGGAAUUACAACGAACAGACGAAGAUUCUCCAUAAUACGUAG